AUGCCCGACGCCACACUGCCCGCCUGCUUCCUCGGCCUGCUGGCCUUCACCUCCGCUUGCUACUUCCAGAACUGCCCAAGGGGCGGCAAGAGGGCCAUGUCUGACCUGGAGCUGAGACAGUGUCUCCCCUGCGGCCCCGGGGGCAAAGGCCGCUGCUUCGGGCCCAGCAUCUGCUGCGGGGACGAGCUGGGCUGCUUCGUGGGCACGGCCGAGGCGCUGCGCUGCCAGGAGGAGAACUACCUGCCGUCGCCCUGCCAGUCCGGCCAGAAGCCCUGUGGGAGCGGGGGCCGCUGCGCCGCCGCCGGCAUCUGCUGCAACGACGAGAGCUGCGUGACCGACCCCGAGUGCCGGGAAGGUACGGGCUUCCCCCGCCGCGUCCGCGCCAGCGACCGGAGCAACGCGACCCUGCUGGACGGGCCGAGCGGGGCCUUGUUGCUGCGGCUGGUGCAGCUGGCGGGGGCGCCGGAGCCCGCGGAGCCCGCCCAGCCCGGCGUCUACUGA